AUGAGUUCAAUGAGAUCCACCCCAAAGGUCAGAGGAGAGAACCUUCCAUUGUUGGAAAAUGCAAUAAUGAUGGCAAGUAACAUGAAUUACAACAAUAAUCUUGGAGUUUUCCCGAGACCUGAAGAAAUGAACAAAAUCAUUAUCUCCAUUCAGGAAGAAGAGGAUAUUGAUAAGAAGAUAAUAACAACUGAAUCGGAGAUAAGAGAUUCCCUAUUGUGGUUUAACGAGAAAAAUAAAGAAUUAAUGAAAUUGGUUGAUCAAUAUAAUAUAUUGAAAACAAAAGUAUUACAGCUGUUUGAUAACAGUAAAGAAUAA